AUGCAGAGCCUAUCCCAGGCUGCUGGCCGAAUUCUCAUUUCUCUGGGGACUCUCAGUGUAUUCUCUGGAGUUAUCGCUUUCUUCCCUGUCUUUUCUUACAAGCUUUGGUUCACAGGAUGGAAUGUCUGGAUUGCUUGCCCCAUCUGGAAUGGAGCUUUGGCCAUCAUGACCGGUAUACUUCUGCUGGUGGCUCACAAAGAGUGGACCAAGAGAUACCUGUGGGAAGCUAGUUUCACCUUUGUGAUUCUAAGCAUUAUGGGAUGUCCACUUCAUUUUGCGAUAGCCUUGGAAUCUGCUCUCCUUGGUCCAUAUUGCUUCUACUCGCUUUCAGGGAUUGCGGGGACCGGUUACCUCGGUUAUGCAGUUGCCUUCCCUUUUCCAUAUGCAAAAUUCCCAUCAGCUUGUGUGGACCCACCACACUAUGAAGCGUACCACCUGACGCUUCAAGCCUUCGACCUGUGCCUGAGCUUCGCCAUGUUCUGUGUGUCCCUGACAGUAUUCAUCAAGCUUUCUGCAGGACUUAUCUGGAAUAGACACAUACAUGUCCGAGACCUCAUGUUGGGCUACACCAAGGUCUUUCUGGUGCUUCUGGGAACUAAAUCCCCUUGGGGAAAUCCAAGUAAAACCUCAAGAGGAUCCAAGCACCGCCUCCUGCCUACGUGCCUCUGUUCCACAGGGGAGUUUGUCAGAGGUUACAAGGCCAGGGGCCGGAGAGGUUGGGCUGGCCCACACACCGCUCCAUCAUGGGCCUGUGCUAAGAAAGCUGGCAGUCCCCAGUGGGCAGUCAUCCUCAAGAACAUUUGCCCAUAA